AGGCGGCGUUAACAGCAGCAGCGUUAACAGUUGCCAUUGAACUUGGAAGCGAAACGGAUCGAAGAGAGCAGAAAAAGUGAAAAGAGAUAUUUAAAAUGUGCGGUAUAUUUGCAAUAUUUUCAAGUGAUGGCGAACCGAUUGGAACGCAGAGUUUUGAGGGCAGCAAGCACAGUUUAAGAGAGUUGGCAUAUCGUCAGAGCGGCAGGCAGCGACAUCGUGGCCCGGACUCCACGGGCGUGGUGAUUGUGCCGGAACAGGGCGUGGCCAUGGUGCAUGAGAGGCUGCGAAUUGUGGGCGUGGAAAUGGGCGACCAGCCGUUUGUGUCGGACGAUGGAAAUCUGGUGCUGGUGGCCAACGGCGAGAUCUACAACUAUCUGGAACUGUCAGCUCAAAUUGCAAAGCGACGCGGCGGCUACAAACCCAAAAGCGAUUGCCACGUUAUCCUGGAAUUGUAUCGGGAUUAUGGAGUGGAUCUGUUGCAACACAUUACCGGAAUGUUCGCCUUUGCCCUGUACGAUAAGCGGAGCAAGGAGCUGCUGCUGGCACGUGAUCCCUUUGGCAUUAUUCCCAUGUACAUUGGUGAAGAUGCCGCGGGCAACAUUUGGAUCGCCUCCGAGCUGAAGUGCUUGGCGGCAUGCUGUCCAAAGGUGGAAACCUUUACGCCUGGAGAGGCUCGCUUUGGCCGUGUGGGUGCCAUGCGACGCUGGCGUCACUUCCAACAGCCCUGGAUGCAGCUGGAGCAGGAGCAGCUGCCCAGUUUGCCAUGUGAAUUGUCGCUGCUGCGAGCGAGCUUGGAGUCGGCAGUGCGCACACAUCUCCACUGCGAUGUCCACUUUGGAGCGCUGUUAUCUGGCGGCGUGGACUCCAGCCUGAUUGCCUCGAUAGCCACCAAGAUAAUGCGGGAGACCAAUCCCAGUUACAGGCUCAAGACCUUCUCGGUGGGACUACGCAAUGCGCCAGACUUUGAGGCUGCUCGCCAGGUGGCCAAAUACAUUGACAGUGAUCACACCGAACUGGUAUUUGAAAUAGACGAGGCUCUGGACAGCAUCCGGGAUAUUGUGUACCAUCUGGAGACCUACGAUGUGACCACUGUGCGCUGCAGUCUUCCCAUGCUGCUGCUCACGCGGUACAUCAAGAGCACCGGCAUCAAGAUGAUACUCUCCGGCGAGGGAGCAGAUGAGAUCUUUGGCGGUUACUUGUACUUCCACAAGGCGCCCAGCUAUGUGGAAUUCCACCAGGAGCUCGUCAAGCGCGUCCAGCAGCUGCAUCUGUCCGACUGUCUACGGGCCAACAAGGUGGCCAUGGCCAAGGGAGUCGAGUUGCGUGUUCCCUUCCUGGACACAGCGUUUGUCAACUACGUGAUGAACAUACGGCCGGAGGAUAAGAUUCCUGGGCCACUCAAUCUCUUCAAGAAUGAGCAGAAAUCGCGCUUGGAGAAGUUUGUACUGCGUGCAGCCUUUGCAGAGGAUUACUUGCCGGAUUCCGUGCUGUGGCGCCAGAAGGAACAGUUCUCCGAUGGCGUCGGCUAUGAUUGGAUCGACAGCAUUCGCCGAGUGGCCACCAGCCAUGUCACUGAUGAAGAGUUUGCCCAGGCAGCCAACAGAUUCCCCUUUAACACGCCCACGACAAAGGAGGCGUUCUACUAUCGCUGCAUCUUCGAGCAACAGUUUCCGGGCGAGGCUGCUGCACGCACUGUGGUCCGGUGGGUGCCACGCCUGGACUGGGGCUGUCCGGAGGAUCCCUCGGGGCGGGCACAGGCUGUGCAUCAGAUUAAUAAAGACUGAUUAGCUUAAAUUGCAUUAUUGAUAAGCAGCACAAAAGAGUCUCGAAUUGCAUUCAAUUUAUUUAGUACAAAUGCCUUUUGUUAAUGCCACAAUAAAUCUUGCAACGCUGGCACAAUUUAUAUACAAGCAUUAAAUUGUUUUAUAACUACCUCCACACUUA